AUGUUCCGCUCCGCCAUUGCUCGUUCCUUGAAGGCUUCCGCCCCCCGUGUCAUCAAGACCCCGGCUCCCUUCCACAUCCGCAGCUCCCCCAUUGCUGCCCAGGUCCCUCAAUUCACUCCCUGCUUCGUUCAGGGUGUCCGCCUCUACUCCGCCCCUGCCGGCCUGAGCAAGACCGAGGCCGAGGGCCGCAUAGUCAACCUGCUCAAGAACUUCGACAAGGUCUCCGAUGCCAGCAAGAUUAACGGCGCUUCCCACUUCUCGAACGACCUUGGUCUGGACAGCCUGGACACCGUCGAGGUUGUGAUGGCCAUUGAGGAGGAGUUCAGCAUUGAGAUCCCCGACAAGGAGGCCGAUCAGAUCCACAGUGUUGAGAAGGCCGUCGAGUACAUCAUGGCCCAGCCCGAUGCCCACUAA